AUGGCAUCAGAUCACUCAUCCCUCAACCAGACCAAAUUUGUGCUCCCAAACAAUGACCUUGAGCAACAAGAAACUCUGGAGGUUGAAAGCGAGGACUUUGAUUACUCGAAGCGAUCUCAGUGGCUACGUGCCGCUGUUCUAGGAGCCAAUGACGGGUUGGUCUCAACGGCAUCUCUAAUGAUGGGUGUGGGAGCAGUGAAGCAAGACAUAAAAGUCAUGAUCCUAACAGGGUUUGCAGGGCUAGUGGCAGGGGCAUGCAGCAUGGCCAUAGGGGAGUUUGUGUCUGUGUACUCACAACUGGACAUAGAAGUUGCUCAGAUGAAAAGGGACAAUGGCAGACACAGAAAUGAAGAGGAAGAUGAGAAGGAGAAAGAGAGUUUACCAAACCCUAUGCAUGCUGCAGCAGCCUCAGCUUUAGCAUUUUCUGUUGGUGCAAUGGUGCCUCUUCUUGCGGCCUCUUUCAUAAGGGAGUAUAAGGUGAGGCUUGGUGUGGUUUUGGGAGCAGUGAGUUUUGCUCUUGUGGUGUUUGGUUGGUUGGGGGCAGUGUUGGGUAAGGCUCCAACAUUGAGGUCUUGUGUGAGAGUCUUGGUUGGGGGUUGGUUAGCCAUGGCCAUAACUUUUGGGCUAACCAAGUUGAUAGGGUCAAGUGGUCUUUAG